AUGGGCAGCCGGCCCAGCCCCAGCGCCUACCCUGCGCCCUGUUUCGGACCGUCGACCGGAGGACCCGGCCCCAAGCGCAGACGAACCGAGGAGCUUGCUGGCCUGGAAGGCCUGGAGGGGCCCCCGGCCGCCGGCGCCCUCACCUCCGUGGUGGUCCUGGCCACGGGAUGUGCCCUGCAGAUGUCCCUGGACGACGUCGACCUGGUGCUGGAGCCCGAGCCCACGUCGGUCCUGCAAGUGUCUGUCGGAGAGCUCACCCUGCUGCUGGUUCCCGAGGCCCUCCUGCGCUCAGGAGAGCAGGGCCACUCGCUUGUCGGCCUGGAACCCGGCGCUUUCCUGGGAGCGCCUGGGCACGACGUCGCCGUCAAGCAAGGAUUCUUCCGCGCAUCUGUCGCACAGAUGGACGCCCAAGAAGAGGUCUACGAGGAAGACGCGGACCCCGCGUUCCUGCACCCUCGGAUGGACCCUGCAGCCGGCUCCGUCGCUGGGCUCCGCCCCUGCGCGGGAAGCGUGGCCAACCCCUACCCUGUGGGCCAGGUACCAGAGCCCCGGUCUUGGGCCCCCACUCCUAGUCCAGAGAGACGCUCUUCUUUCCGCUACUUCAACCUGGACGUCCACCUUCUGGAGCCCUUCCCCAACUCGCCACUCCAACCUCUACCUCCCUCUCCGAGUCCAGGUCCCCACGCGCGCCCCCAGCGCCCUCCGGGUCCUUCUCGCAGCCGGAGACGCCUGUUCCAGGAAUGA